AUGCCACCGCGCAAAUCAACCUCCUCGGUGACCCCAGCCGAAGCAGACGAGCCGUCGCAGCUGUCUCCGCAAGCGCAGAGCACGGCCGACAAGCCCAUCACCGCGACGGAACAGCAGUUGAAGGCGCGUGCAGAGCUGGGCGUGAGCGUCGAUGACUACCUCCUCCCGCGCUCGCUGACAAUCCGGCUGGCGAAGUCGGUGCUUCCGCCCAACACGACGAUCCAAAAGGACGCCGUCCUGGCCAUACAGAAGGCAGCGACGGUUUUCAUCUCGUACCUCUCAUCACACGCCAACGACGAAACCCUCAAACGCACCGUCGCCCCCGCAGAUGUCUUCAGCGCUCUCUCUGAGCUCGAAUUCGACUCCUUCCGCCCGCGCCUCGAGCAGGAGCUCGACGCUUACACAGAGAUCAAAGCCGGCAAGCGCAAGGCCAAGAAAUCCGACGUGACCGGCGGCGCUGAAGGUUCCAGCGCUGCGGCUGGGCCAUCCGCCGCCCAAGCCGAUGCCGAGGAUGUCGAGAUGGUGGAUAACCCCGCGAAGCGGGUGAAGCGUGACGGCGAGCACGCUGGCGCGGGCGAGCACGCUGAUGGUGAUGAGACGCAGGAGGAAGAUGUUGAGGAAGAGGAGGGUGAGGAGGAGGAAGAGGAGGGUGAGGAGGAGGACGAUGAGGAGGAUGAGGGCCAGAAGGGCGAGGAGGAUGUUGACCGGGUGGAGGAUUUGGAUGCGGCGCCUAGGCGGAUGGAUCCUGAUGCUGAUGAGACAGAUGAUGAUGAUGGGCCGGCCAGUCAGUUGCGGGAUGAUCUGGGGCUGGGUUAA